AUGAGUGAAUUACCAUUCGACAGCGAAGAUCUAAACUUAUACGAAAUCUUAAACCUAGAGAAAUCAGCCACUCAAUCCGAAAUAAGAACAUCAUACAAAAAACUAGCCUUAAGGUAUCAUCCCGAUAAACUUUCACCUAAAGCAACAGACAUAGAAAAAUCCAAAUCAAAUGAAACCUUUCAAAAGAUUGGUUUAGCAUAUCAAAUUUUAAAUGAUUCAAACAAACGAACCUUGUAUGAUUCUAGUGGACAAAUCAAUUUAAAUUCUUUAGAUGAUCAAGUGAAUUGGAAUGAUUAUUUUAAAGAACUUUGGAAGGGAGAAGUGAAUAGUAAAUCGAUUGAAGAAUUUACGAAAUCUUAUCAAGGAUCAGAAGAAGAAAUCCAUGAUAUUAAAGAACAUUAUAGAACGUUUGAAGGCGAUUUUGAACAAAUCUUAAACAAUACAUUAUGUUCAAGUCAAUCAGAUGAAAAACGAAUCAUCAAGCUAAUCGACAACUUGAUUAAUUCUCAAGAAUUACCUAAACUCAAACAAUGGACGAAAACUAAAACCGAUAAGAAAUCAGCUCAAAAACGAAAAACUUUGGCCGAACGAGAAUCAAAAGAAGCCGAACUGCUUUCUAAAGAAUUAGGUUUAAAUUCCAAAUUAUUAGGUGGUCAAGAUUCAUCAGAAGACACUUUGAAAGCUUUAAUCUUAUCUAAUAGUAAAAACAGACACGAACAAAUGAUUCAAAAAUUAGAAUCUAAGGCUAAACAAGAUGAUAUAGAAUCCCAAUCGAAACGUAAGAAAUCAAAACGUAAAGAAAUCAUUGAAGAAGAAGAAGAGAAUCAAGAUGAAAUUAAAUUACCAGAUGAAGAUGAGUUUUUGAAAUUACAAGCUGAAAUUCUUGCUCGUAAAAAUACAAAAAAAUCUUCAGAUCAAACUACUUCUUCUACUUCGAAGAAAACUUCAAAUCCAAGAAAGAAACCUAAAACUUCUAAAUCUUAA